CAACUUUUUCAUUCCUGCUUCUCUAUCAAUCCGCCAUCAAAUUUCAACAUCUCAGAAAUCCUCUCCAACUCCAACUUCAGUUCUGAUUCCGUGGAAGAAAGGAAAUGAAAAGGGACGAAUCAUCCUUUUCUCCGGUAGCUCUUCUUUUUCUUCUGUUGAUGUUCCUCUCCAUCGUUACGGUCCGAGGAAGAACCUUAUGUUCGUCUGUUUGCGGAAAUAUCACUAAUAUCAGACAUCCUUUUCGCCUGGUAGGUGACCCGCCGGACUGCGGCAAUAUCGGCUACCAGCUUUCUUGUGAGAAUAACAAAACCAUCUUGAAUUUCAAUUCAGGAAAAUACUAUGUGAAGAAAAUUGACUACGAGGAAGGCAUAAUCCGUCUCGUUGAUGUGAACUUGGCGAAUGGGAGCUGCAGUUUUCCGUACUUUCCUCUGUCGAUGGGAGAGGUGCUCUGGGACGGCCGGUACAGCGGACUACUUACCAACCGUCAGGUCGAUUUUCUGAAUUGCUCGGAGGAUCUCACUGACCCGGCUUAUACCAGAGUGCCCUGUUUAAGUGGGAAUGCACACCAUGUAUUUGUCAGUAUUAGCGACUAUUUUUUCCUUCCUGAUGGGAUUCCGGAGUCAUGCGUGAGUACUUCAGCGGUUCCCACAAUCUAUGAUAAGUCAAAGAAGAACCUUUCGUAUGAAACUAUUUCAAAGAUACUGGAGGAGGGGUUUGAUCUGGGAUGGACAGAUGGAUGCUGGGAUUGCUGGUCAACUGGUGCUUACUGCAACUUAGCAUCUGAGGAUGAGCCAUACACCUAUAGGUGUAACUAUGGAGAUUACUAUGCUAUAUGGGAAGUAAUAUUGGCUUUGAUUGAAGCCUUUCUGACAGUGAUAAUAUUAAUUGUUCGAUUCAUCCUUCUUCCGCUAGUUGUAUUUGGAUUCAUUCUUCACAAGUAUAUAACUACACGAAAGAAGAAUAAAAACGUUGACAACUUUGUGCAAAGCAGGCAAUUAGGGACUCCCAAGAGGUACUCUUAUACUGAUAUCAUUUCCAUGACAAAUAACUUCAAAAAUAAAUUGGGGAAAGGUGGCUUUGGAUCAGUUUAUAUGGGGCAACUUCUGGAUGGUUGUUUAGUUUCUGUUAAACUACUUGAAACUUUAAAAGUCAAUGAGGAAAAUUUCAUUAAUGAAGUUGCUAGAAUUGGUGGGAUUUGUCAUUACAAUGUGGUACAAUUGGUGGGAUUCUGUUCAGAGGGAUCUAAACGUGCUCUUGUCUGUGAAUAUAUGCCUAAUGGAUCUCUUGAGAAGUACAUUUUCUCCAGAAGAGGAAAAGCUCACAAAUUCAGUUGGGAAAAACUCCAAGAAAUAGCUUUAGGAAUGGCCAAGGGUAUUGAGUUCCUGCAUAGAGGGUCUGAUGAGUGCAUUCUUCAUUUUGACAUUAAACCUGAGAAUAUUCUGCUGGAUCAGAAUUUCACCCCCAAAAUUGCAGCUUUUAGCCUGGCAAAAUUCUAUGCAAAGUCUGAUUUUGUGUCAAUGAGAGCUACAGAAGGAACAAUGGGAUACAUGGCACCUGAAUUGAUCUCAAGGGAUUUCGGAGACGUUUCUAGUAAAUCUGAUGUUUAUAGCUUUGGAAUAUUGCUGUUGGAAAUGGCUAGCGAAAGGAGGAAUGUUGACAUGGGUUCGAGCAAUGCAUUCUUCCCUUCAUGGGCAUAUGACCAACUAGAUGGAGGAGAGAUAGAGCUCGAGACUGUGGCCGACAGUGAGGCCAUCACAGUGAAAAAGCUGUUGAUAAUUGGAUUAUGGUGUACUCAAGUGAAGGCAUCAGAUCGACCCUCAAUGAGCAGAGUCGUCGAAAUAUUGCAAGGAAGCAUUAAUGAGUUGAAAAUGCCUCCAAGGCCUUCCUUAUCUACCCCUCAGUAUGUGUCAUUAAGGGAGCCUCUGUCAGAUUCUCCGAAGGAGCUUUUGAUACCUGAAUCAAUGGAGAGAAGCUCAUAGAAAACCAGAAAUCCUCAAGUUUCUGCCACUAUGAUUUCCUGAUAGUAUAAAUCUGUGCUGUUUCUCUGUUGUUCUUGUAGGAUGUUUGCUCUUUUGUGAAAGCACUAGUUUAAAUAAAUUUCAUGGCCUUUGUGAAAGUUGUUAUGUUUUUCUUGAUGCUACCAGCCUAUAAUCAAUGGCAUGUUAUGUCUGAGCAAGAACAAUUGAAACACUAUAUAAUCAAUUGUUUGAGUGUGU